UAUCGCCGCCCCUCUCUUCGCUUGUGCCCGCCCUCUCUGCUGAGCUGUACCUCUUCCUUACCGCAGGUCUGGCAGUGAGAGGAGAGCAGAGCAGCCAUGGCGGUGCGGUCCAUGCAAGCAGCGAGGUGCCCCACAGAUGAGCUUUCCAUUACCAACUGUGCCGUGGUCAAUGAGAAAGAUUUCCAGUCUGGCCAGCAUGUGAAUGUGAGGACUUCCCCAAACCAUCGCUAUAUAUUCACUGUCAAGACCCAUCACACAAUAUUGCCAGGAAGCAUUGCUUUCAGUCUCCCACAGAGGAAAUGGGCUGGACUCUCCAUUGGACAAGAUGUGGAAGUCGGGGUAUAUACUUUCGACAAGACCAAGCAGUGCAUUGGCACCAUGACCAUAGAGAUCGACUUCCUGCAGAAGAAGAGCAUUGAUUCCAACCCUUAUGACACGGACAGAAUGGCAGCAGAAUUCAUUCAGCAGUUCAACAACCAGGCCUUCUCCGUUGGCCAGCAGCUGGUGUUUAGUUUCAAUGACAAGCUUUUUGGGUUAGUGGUGAAAGACAUAGAGGCCAUGGAUCCAAGCAUUUUAAAGGGAGAACAGUCAACAGGAAAGAGGCAGAAGAUAGAAGUUGGACUGGUGGUUGGGAACAGCCAGGUGGUGUUUGAGAAGGCUGACAGCUCUUCUCUGAAUCUCACAGGCAAAUCAAAGACAAGGCAGGACCGUCAAUCUAUAAUCAACCCAGACUGGAAUUUUGAGAAGAUGGGCAUUGGAGGGCUGGACAAGGAGUUCUCAGAUAUCUUCAGAAGAGCCUUUGCCUCCCGAGUCUUCCCACCAGAGAUUGUGGAGCAAAUGGGCUGCAAGCAUGUAAAAGGCAUUCUUCUGUUUGGCCCACCUGGUUGUGGCAAGACCCUGAUGGCUCGACAGAUCGGUAAAAUGUUGAAUGCCCGGGAACCCAAAGUGGUGAAUGGCCCUGAAAUUCUGAACAAGUAUGUGGGAGAGUCAGAGGCAAACAUCCGCAAACUCUUUGCAGACGCAGAGGAGGAACAGAGAAGGCUGGGUGCCAAUAGUGGGCUGCACAUAAUCAUCUUUGAUGAAAUAGAUGCCAUCUGCAAGCAAAGAGGUAGCAUGGCUGGCAGCACUGGGGUGCAUGAUACUGUGGUCAACCAGCUGCUGUCCAAGAUAGAUGGUGUGGAGCAGCUCAACAACAUUCUAGUGAUUGGUAUGACUAACAGGCCUGAUCUGAUAGAUGAAGCUCUUCUGAGACCUGGAAGAUUGGAAGUGAAGAUGGAGAUUGGGCUUCCUGACGAGAAGGGUCGCCUGCAGAUAUUGCACAUCCAUACAGCUCGGAUGAGGGAGCACAGUCUUCUCUCAUCAGAUGUGGAUGUUGGUGAACUGGCACAAGAAACCAAAAAUUUCUCUGGAGCAGAACUGGAGGGGCUGGUGAGGGCAGCCCAGUCAACAGCUAUGAAUCGGCACAUCAAGGCAACCAACAAAGUGGAGGUUGAUAUGGAAAAGGCAGAACGCCUGCAAGUGACAAAAGGCGAUUUCUUCACUUCUUUAGGGAAUGACAUAAAACCUGCUUUUGGAACAAACCAAGAGGACUAUGCCAGCUACAUUAUGAAUGGCAUUAUUAAAUGGGGCGACCCUGUUACUCGGGUUCUUGAUGAUGGAGAGCUGUUAGUCCAGCAAACGAAAAACAGUGAUCGUACUCCACUUGUUAGCGUUUUACUUGAAGGACCUCCACAUAGUGGCAAAACAGCCCUGGCUGCCAAGAUCUCAGAGGAAUCUAACUUUCCUUUUAUUAAGAUUUGCUCACCGGAGAAGAUGAUUGGGUUCUCUGAGACAGCCAAGUGCCAGGCCAUAAAGAAGAUCUUUGAAGAUGCGUACAAAUCACAGCUGAGCUGUGUCGUGGUCGAUGACAUUGAGAGGCUCCUAGAUUAUGUCCCUAUUGGUCCUCGCUUCUCCAACCUAGUGCUGCAGGCUCUACUUGUCCUUUUGAAGAAGGCCCCUCCUCAGGGUCGCAAGCUGCUAAUUAUUGGCACCACCAGCCGGAAGGAUGUGCUUCAGGAAAUGGAAAUGCUUGAUGCAUUUAGCACAACCAUUCGUGUCCCAAAUAUCGUCACAGGUGAACAACUCAUGGAAGCCUUAGAGCUCCUGGGAGGUUUCAAGGACAACGAAAGAUCAGUAAUCGCUCAACAAGUUAAAGGCAAAAAAGUGUAUAUUGGAAUCAAAAAACUGCUGAUGCUUAUUGAGAUGUCCAUGCAGAUGGAUCCAGAAUACCGGGUUAGCAAGUUCCUUGCUCUUCUCAAAGAAGAGGCAGCAGAGCCCGUCCAUCGUGGCUAUGACUAACAUACUGUCUCUCCCAGAUGGAAGUGAACAUUGAAGCCGUUACCACAUUAAGACGUUAAACAUUCCCCAAAGUGCAGCUCUACCAGGGAAGGCUGGAUUCUCGAAUUGUGCUGCUGGCUCUGUGAUUUCUCCGUCACGUGGUGCAUGUUCUUAAUAAAUACCUUCUUGUCCGUCGUCCGAAGCUGUCGCAAUACUUCCCUCUCUAUCAGCUUCCUGAACUACAAAUGCCCAAAGCAGGCUGUGAUCCACUGCUGUCUUUCAAUAGGUAUUCUGUAACUCUGAGAUGGUAAUUGGUAAGCUUCUCAGAUAACCUUUAAAGGGCCGCGAUAACUUUAUUUUUACCCUAUGUAUUUUUCUAAUAGAAAUAUUAAAAAUGAAACAAUUUCCCUUUUUGUUUUGUUUCCCCCUGGCUUCUACGAAGGUGCAGUUUCAGCCUUGUCUAAACUGCCAUUGUCACAGGAAAUCUUUGUUUGCUGCAAGUGUAUUGCUACACUGGAAGCAAAUAAAGACGAUUGCCUGUACAAUGGAUUGUACUAUUGCCAGAAGUUAGCUGGCGGAGGGAAAAGUUGACCAGCAGGGUGGUAGGAUUUUAUUGUGGGCUGCAGCAAAAAUAUAAAAAGAUUACUUCUCUGCCCUAGUAUAUGUAUGCCUCCAUACUAGGCACAAUUCUCCAUGGAGAUAUAAGGGGGUCAGAAAUAGACAGCUAUAUUACCAUGCAGUAGUGCAUUAGGUUAAUGGACGAAAGUUGUUAAAUUCAAGGCCCAGACACUAUAUAAGACACUGUAUUAUAUACUAUUGUUGAAAGAGUUACAGAUCGCUAUGCCCUAGUGCAGGGAUCACUAAUGAUUUGAUCACAGGCUUAGGCUUUGCAUGCCCUGCUGAAAUCUGCCUGGCCACAGUGGGGGGGUAUGGACACCGCAAUGGUUUGCUCAUCAGUAUCUUAGAUAAGAGCCAAUGGGAUUUGUGGGGCCCAGCCUUCCCCCAGUAUGUGCAUAAUGUUCGUCGGAUCCUUGGCCCUAUGACGUUCUCUUGAGGUAAUAAGUGCUGUGAUUAUGUUGCUGCUUUUCUUUGCCUCCCUUACCUUUCAUAGCCCAUGGCUGCCCACAUCCCCCACACCUUUCCACUCCACUGUACAUGUAUAUUUUUAUUGUGAAUUUUGAGUAUUUUGUGGGAUAUCGCAACUGAAACCAGUUGCAGUAAAGUUAUUAUUUAUCCGA